AUGAAGGCAGUCCAGGUCUCCAAGUUUGCGCACCCCCGCGACAUUGCGGUCAGCGAGGUCGCCAAGCCCGUCCCCAAGGCCGGGGAGGUGCUUGUCGAGAUCAGCGCGACGGGUCUCAACUUCUUCGACAUCCUCCAGUCGCAGGGAAAGUACCAGAACCAGCCGCCUAUGCCGUUCAUUCUCGGUGCCGAGUUCGCUGGCCGUGUCGCCAAGGACUCGCCCAUUCCCGCUGGUUGCAAGUUCAAGGCAGGAGACCGCGUGUUCGGGUAUGCGCAGGGGUCGCAUGCUGAAUUCGUCGCUGUCGAGCAUGACAAGCUGCUCGCUGUGCCCCCCAACAUUUCGUUGGCACAGGCUGCUGGAUUGUACCUCACCUACCCUACGUCUUACGAGGGCCUCGUCGGCCGUGCCAACACUCAGCCCGGAGAGUGGGUGCUCGUCCACGCCGCCGCCGGCGGUGUCGGCCUCGCGGCCUGCCAGAUCGCGAAGGUCCUCGGGGCCAAGGUUAUUGCGUGCGUCGGAUCGCCUGCCAAGGGCAAGGUCGCGCGUGAACAGGGCGGCGCCGACUACGUCGUCGACUACACCAAGGCCGGGUGGCAGGACGAGGUCAAGAAGAUUACAAACGGCCACGGCGCCGACGUUGUCUACGACCCUGUCGGCAUGCUCAUCCCGUCGCUCAAGUGCAUUGCGUGGAAUGGACGACUUGUUGUCGUCGGCUUCGUCGCUGGCACGAUUGAGAAGGUGCCAGCCAACCUUGUGCUGCUGAAGAACUGCAGCAUCGUUGGCCUGUUCUGGGGAGCGACUGCUAUCCGCGACCCGCCCCGCUACAAGUUUGUCAUCCAGGAGACGCUACGCAUGGUCGCAGAGGGCAAGCUCACGCCGACCGUCUUCGAGCCCGUGUACGAGGGUCUCGAGGGCGUCACAAAGGGCCUCAUCGACCUUGAAAACCGCAAGACGUACGGCAAGGUCGUUGUCAGCGUGAAGAAGGACGCCAAGCUCUAG